CCCUGUUCCUUAAAUGCUGGUGAAGGCUCGCCCUUUAAGCACAGACAAGUGGUCAGGAAUAGUGAUUAUCUGACCGGAUAUACCACCGCUUGGAUGCCCAUAUUCGAGCAGAAUGUAUAUAUCUAGCUAUUUCCACAACCCGACUCGAUAUACAAUUCCAAAAACAAAAACGUACUCCCAUCAUCGGGGCAAGUUGCAUGCCAAGGCAGAGACCAUAGCUCAAUCACGACACUUCGAAAUGCACUAUUCACCUCUCUGAACAACCCACGAUGCACAGACAUGCAUCUUCAGCAUCCCCAGCAGCAGUUCCAGUAUCAUACUUUAUACUUUGCGUAUUUGCGGUCGACACAGCGAGAUGCUUUGUGGUCCAAACAACUGAUAAGCGACAUGACUGGGAACAAGCCAUGAUCCCUAUGUCAUCCCGAGUGUUGAGCGCUAACGGAGGAAUAGAUAAAGACAAAGUAAUCCAGGACCUGCUGGGCAGACUAGUGGAGUCUAAAAAGGCGAAAGAUGAUUUAUCGAGGAGACUAGAUUUCUAUCGAGGCAGUAUUCACCAGAGUCAUAGAGAGAGGGAGUUGAGUAUGGGUCGUUGAAAAAGUGCCUCGGGUGUACUUAGUUUCACUAGCACCCGUAUCGAUCAUGUUCGUGAUCAUGCAAAGAUUUGGCACAAGGAUGAUUAUUUCUCAAGAGGACUCAAGUCAUUGGAAAAGUCAAAGGACAACUUUGCAGAAAGGAAACGUUAUGAAAGGGAGGUCAGAAAACGCUUUGAUUUAGAAAAAAGACAAACCGGUACCUGAUCCGAAAGUCCUCUUCGACCUCGUGUGGCAGGAAGAUCACUGUAAACACAGAAAGCGUCCGAGAGGUUAUUAUCGCCCCUGCUGUCUAACAAGUGUCUCUAUGUUGAUCGAGUUAUAGGCAUAGAGAUGUCGUCUAUUAUCCUGAUUAGAAACAGUGCAGAACGGCCUUACGAGAUCACGACGGAGAAACAUAAUAUAACCGCCUAUUCAUGCCCUAGGGCGCCCCAGGAAUGCGAGUUUUGAGCGAAGUCAGAU